UUCAAUAGAACGUUGUGUCGAACUUAAAGAGUUUAUUGUUAACGCACACUCAUACAACCAACUAAAUUAACAACCGCUAUGAUUUCGAGUGCACUGAAAAUUGUUACCUUUCUAGCGGUCUUCAUAGUUGGCUUGCAGCAUAUUUCGGCGCAACAAGCCGUUUGUGGCCCUGCCAUAGACGCCGCACUCAGUAUCAUGUGCGAAAAUGGCUUUAAUACGAAGUUCAAGAAAUCACUGGAAUGGGAUGGUCUAGCUAACGCUGAGCCCGAAGAGCUGUCGCCUUUCGGCAUGAUGAACUUUCCUUUCUUGGGCAAAAAUCAUGGCGGCCACGUCGAUACAGUGGCCAAAACCCGCCGUCGUCGGGAAGGUGUAUACGAUGAAUGCUGCCGUAAGCCCUGCUCCUACAGCGAGUUAUUAUCCUACUGCAAAUAGGCUUACACGUUUCUAAAAUCUUCUAACUGACUUUCACGUUGAAUGAAUUUGUUAUACGAUUGUUCUAUUGGUUAGUCGAAAGACUCGACUAUGUGGCGUUCUGAAAUGCUUACGAUAGUUAAAAUAUAUACUUACUUAUAAACGAUGUUAUAGAAAAACUGAAUAAAAAAUUCAAAAAAUCAA